AUGGGUACCCUUGAAGACAUUCACCAGCAAGUUUGGACGUCUGAGGUACGCCUAAGCCCGUACAACCGCAACAACAAUAUAUACCUUUUUGGGAGCUUGAAGCCGGAAAACGGGUCACUAAUUAGAAAUGGCCGUACUCACGCUCUGUCAUCAGACGGAAACGGCACUCAGUUGGGCGAGACACAGGGAUUAGAGACCGAUGGAAAUAUGUCCGAUGAAUGA